AUGGAUGCCAAUGAAAUGGACAAUCUGAAGGGGGCCAAGUUUCCUGAUACUCUCACCGGAUCUCAGCUCUCUCCAUCGUUCUUAUCUGCGACUCUGAACUGGGUGGGAGGCAUGGACGAUGGCGUACAAGGGCACGUUGCAUGGUUGUAUUGUAGCAUUGUAGCAUUGUAG